GUGUGUGUGUGUGUGCGCAGUACGAGUACAACCCAUGUGACGCGGAUUGGUCUAAAGAGAUGCGAGGUCUUCCUCUGAUGACCAGCAUGCCUCUGGAGAUCUGGCUGCUGUCCCAUACGCGCCGUAACGCUGACGUCGCUCACUCACUGCUGCAGACCCUCAACAAAGUGCCCGUGGGCAUCCACUUUCAGAGGCCGGGAAUGAUGGAGUACGAUGAUCGACAGGAGGCUCUGCUGAGAGCUCUGCAGCAGAGAGUGGGGCAACAGGUUCAGAUGGUGGGUCUCACACACUGGGUAGAAUCAAGUGUGACCAUGUAGUUUGUUU